AUGCGACAGAAUUUAAGCCGUAUAACAUGGCACAUACUGCUAUUGUUGGCGGUAUUGGCAGUAGCGACUUCGGCGACUGCCAUCACCUCGGAUUCCCUAAAUGAUGGAUCACGCAUGCUGGUCCGAAAUGCUAAGCCGACAACGCAGCCGACGUUUACGACCCUGAUCAAGAGGGUGCUUCUGCCUGUGUCGAGAUUGGAAAAGCGGGAUCUCGAAUGUCGCAAAAUCCAUAAACCGAAAUACACCGAUAAAUGCGCCUUCGUUCGCGAAAAUUGCGAGGAUGAAGAAGUCGGCUUCUUCGACUACCUGGCCCUUUACUACUGUAACUUUGGCGGCGUAAAUUCGGGGUUGAAAUUCAUACCGAUGACGAUAAUGAUAACGUGGAUGACGGUCUUGUUCACCAUGAUCGGUAUUGCUGCUAGCGACUUCUUCUGCGUCAAUCUUUCCACGAUAUCAACAAUUCUUGGGAUGUCGCAAAGUUUGGCCGGUGUUACAUUUUUAGCGUUUGGAAAUGGUUCACCGGACGUCUUUAGUACCUUUGCCGCGAUGAAGAUCAAUUCUGGAUCGUUGGCAGUGGGGGAAUUAGUCGGUGCUGCAUCGUUCAUUACGGCCGUGGUUGCUGGAUCUAUGGCUAUUGUAAGGCCCUUCACGGUGGCAAAAAAGUCGUUUGUGAGGGAUGUGGUAUUCUUUAUGGUGUCCGUGUCAUUGGGAAUAUACUUUUUGUAUGAUGGAAGGAUAUUACUAUGGGAGUGUGUGGCUAUGGUGGGGCUUUAUGCUUCCUAUGUGAUAUUUGUGGUUGGGUGGCAUUGGUAUACGAAACGCCAGAAGAGGAAGAAGAUGAUUGAGAUUAGGACAAGGGGCCAUUACACUGAUAUCGUCGACGAAGAGGAGUUGGAAGAAGAAGAAGAUGCGAGUAUGGGGGUACAAAGGGGACCGCGGUUGACUUUGAAUACAGACUUCAGUGCUUUGGAGAGAAACGACGAGGAUGUCAAUGAAGAUGGGGAGUCAGAGGAAGAUAGGAUAGAGAGGGAGGAGUUUGCAGAGCUGAACAGCAGUAUGAGGUUAGGCAGACCGAGUAUUGCGAGGCACGUUACACCAGUGACACCAAUUCGGCCGUCUUUAAUCGGUGCUCUUGAGUUUCGAUCUGUUCUACAAUCUCUGAACCAGGAUAGGAAUCUACCUGGAAGAUCUAUUCAUCUUCGAAGUUAUUCCGAUGACCUACAGGAACCUAGUAGUGCCAUCGAACCUGUCAUCCCUCGUGCUCGUCACUCGAGACACCAUUCCACAAUUGAUACAAGCGAAUUCGAAGCUAGAAGCCGUGCACAGCCUGGAGGUGGCCACCUUGCACCCCCGACCCCUAUGGGUGGUAGGGCUAGAGCCGUGUCUGUGAACGACGCGGCUCAGAUAUCAAAUGGGUCGGAUUACUUCACACGGCAGACUUCGCAGAGCAAUAUUCCAGGCCUGGCAUCCCCGGGUUCUAUCGCCGAAGAAGCUACAGAAGAGCCUCCACUUAUUGCACUCGAUCAUGCGUCGCCACUGGCCGCGCCCCCAGGUUUUGGAAACUACCAACUUCAAGUUCCAUCGUCGCAACAUCUCGCACCGCCCGGCCUGUCGCCGAUAGUCUCUGAGGCAGUAUCUCCGUCGGCUAGCCCGUUGUUAUCUAGUAGAACUAGCAGUCGGGAUGGUAGCCCUUCACGCUAUAUGGACUCGCCGCGGCCUGUCUCUCGAAGUACUACAGGCAAUGGCGAUAUCCCCAUCAUCAACCUCCCCCCUUCUGCCACAUCCACAGAUAACUCGGAGUUCAUCACCUUGCCAGUAAGACAUCCAAGACUAUUCAAGUACUGGCCUUACACCAUCCUUCCCGGCCCGGACGUGUUCUUCUCCACCCUUUUCCCCACACUCUACACCUUCAACGAGAAAAAUAUCUGGGGAAAAUUUCUUGCCAUCUUCUCCGCCCCUCCCAUAUUCCUUCUAACGAUCACAUUACCUAUUGUUGAUGUUCCCGAAGAACCCAAAUCUCGCCCCCCGUCGAGAAAACCCUCUAAUGGCGGGAGCGUACUACCGAGCCCCGCAAGUACAGUACCAACGGUGAACUUCGAUUUCCAGCCGGCCUGGAUGAAGGACAAUGAUGAACCAAAGGAUUGGAAUAGGUGGCUUGUUGCAACUCAGUGCAUCACGGCUCCAAUUUUCAUCGUUUUAGCUGUUUGUGCUGGCCAAAUACCCCUUCUUUUCCCAAUUCUCUAUGCUCUCCUCAGCGGGCUCGUAGCUCUCCUACUGCUACUAUUGCUCACGAGGACGGAUAGGCCGCCGAGGUAUAGAUACCUACUUUGUUUUGUUGGGUUCGCGGUUAGCAUCUGCUGGAUAUCGUCGAUUGCAAACGAAGUUGUCGGUGUUUUGAAAGCCUUAGGGGUUAUACUUGGGAUUAGCGAUGCCAUCUUGGGACUUACGAUCUUUGCAGUGGGCAACUCCCUUGGCGAUCUAGUAGCCGACAUCACUGUCGCCCGCCUAGGCUUCCCUGUCAUGGCACUAUCUGCCUGCUUUGGUGGUCCCAUGUUGAACAUCCUGCUUGGCAUUGGAGGCUCUGGGAUAUACAUGACCAUCGCUCCGUCGUCAGAAAACUAUUAUCAGAUCGAAGUUAGUAGCACUCUAAUGAUUAGUGCGAUCACGUUGCUCGGAACCCUGUUGUUUUUGCUGGCAGCCGUGCCGAUGAACAAUUGGAGAAUGACGAGAGGCCUAGGAUGGGCACUGGUGGGGAUUUGGGUGGUCAGCACCAUAAUCAAUGUCGUUGUCGAAGUUAGUGGAGUGGGUAAAAGAUUGGAGUUCUAA